CCGAUGAAGUAACUACGGAUGACUAUUCCUUAGGACCUUAUACAAAUAUUAGACCUACUUAUCCCUCAUCUGAUUAUCCUUUACCAUCUUCAUGGCCUUCUCCUAUUAAUGAACAAUUAUCUCAUUAUCAUCAUCGUUAUACAGGAAAUCAGGUUUUAAAUCGAUAUCCACAUCUAAAUACCCUCAUCAAUGGCGCUGGAACGGAAGUAUUAAUGGAACCAAAACAACGAGGUUUUUAUUAUCAAGACAAUAAAACUACAAGAGAGCCAGCUUUAUUACAACGCUACGCUAAGCAAGACGUACUAAUUCAAACUUCUUUAAUGCGUAAGAGAAAAAAGACUUUUAGUAACGAUCCUGAUUUCUCUUAUGAUCUUUCAACAAUACCUGCUCCAAUUAAAAAACCAAAAAUUCCUCAUCGACAUGGUGAAUUUAAUCAAAGGCGUGAUGAUAUCAUUAGUAGAAUGAGAACAAUUAUGAUGGCAGAUCUCGAACAAAAAGCACAACGAUUACCGAGUAAUUUUACAUUGAGAAUCGAAAAAGCCACAUUAGCAUCUAAUGUUCAUGCAAAUAAUCUAAGCAUAGAAGAAGCUGGUAAACUAUUAAUGCCCGCAUUACGUAUCCUGACAGAACAUUCAAAUAUGAAACCUCAUUUGGAUAAUGGUAUGAAUCAGAAUGGCAUUUAUUAUAAUGAUGAUUAUUUUCGACUUUAUUUGGCCUUUGUACAAUUUCAAAAUAUAUUUGCUGAGUUGUUUCCUAACGAAGUUGUAAAGACAAAUGCGUCAUCUACCUCUGUGGAUGAUAUAAACAAUAUACCUUCACCAAGUUCGACAGUAGAAAGAGACAGAGAUAGAGAGCGUAAUGCAAAAAUGAAAGCAUAUCGUAGUUGGAUUGAGCCUUAUUUAACAGAAACGAAUUGGGCUGCAUUCCGAAGAAAUAUCAUGGUUGGCGAACGUAUCAUGCAGCUUACGCAAGUUGUUGGAGAAGGAAUAUUAUUGAUGACAAAAGAAUUGAGUGGUUCCAAGUUACAUUUAACAUUUACGAAUAAUGAGUGGGAUGAGUUUAUUCAAGGACUUGAUCAAGGCUUGUGGGAUGAUACUAUCGACUGGAGUCAUGAUGAAGAUGAUCUAAACGAAGAGGCUCGAAAGCAAGCAGCUGGCAAUGGCUCAAUAUUGGUGAAUGAGUUAAGACUCAAAUUUGCUUCUCAUUUUUGGUUUACAGAAAAUGGAAGACUCGUACCUUCAUCCGAAAGAAAAGCACUUAGAGCAAAAGAACGCCAUAAUAAUAGCAACUUGGGCAAAUAAUUCCUUCUUUCAUCGUCUGUUUUGCAUAUUUUGUAUAAUUUCAUUGUAAUUAUAAUUUCCUUUUCUUUUUCUUUUUCUUUUUUUUUUUU